AUGAACAGCUCCUUAGAAUACUUAGCAUAUCCUGCAAUUGUUGCUAAUCACAGACAAAGCACGACCUUUAAGAAGAAACUGGAUGUCGGGCACCACGUGUCUCACAAGAACAGAGUGGAAGUAGCUAAGCCUACAGUUGAUACCAAACCUCCACUGGCACAUACACACCAUAUUUUAAAACUAAGUAAAUUACAGGGUGAACAAAAAAGAAUUAAUAAAAUCGAAUAUGAAAACAAGCAACUGUGUCAAAAAAUUGCUGAUGCCCAGCGUGGUCCUUCCAAGGUGGAUUGCUGGAAUGAAUAUUUUUCCAAAAGCUUAAAUAGAGAAACUCGCAACAGGGAAUUAGUGAGAAUUACUGUGGAGAAUCAAGGAAUUCUACGGAGACUUGGAGAUCGUAAACCUCACUACGACCGAAGGGCAUCAGAGAUAGACUGGCAGAAUUCCAGACGGUAUAUAAGAAAUACCACAAGAUAUCUUCUCUACAAAAAGGACUAGAAAAAUCAACAUGGGGGGAAAACCCAGAAACAGCACGGUGAUCUCAAGUCAACUUGGAUUAUCAUGGAACUCCUAAUUGGAUGAAUGAAUGGAUCUUAGGAAGCUACAAUAAAACUUGGCACAUGAAAUGAGUAAGUUACGUUAUAUUCCUCACCUGAAUCUAGAGACAGAAAUGGAACCUGCCACCAGAAAAAAGAUGCAAGCACGUUUUUAUUGUUUUUUUUUUAACAAAGGACAUUUCACACUCAGACCUUAUCACCCUUUUAGAGAUAGACCAAAAACAAAAAGAAAAAGGUAAUCAUCAAGCUACAAGUUGAUUUCUCCGCCCCCCCCAAAAAAAUCAUGUGACAAAACCAUGGUUAAAAAACCAACACCACAUGGAACAGAUGUUAUUUUUUUUAUUCUGUCGAUAUACAAAACUGGAAAAAGAACCUCUUGUUUAAAAUCCAAAUACACAGAACAAAGAUGUCUGCUUGCAUCUGCCCACAGCAACAGUGAAAUACUCCAUUACCUAUGAUGAAAAUAUGUAUCAAAGAAAAUUGAGACCACAGUGCAUAGAUUUUAUUGCUGACCAUACAAGUCAGCACAUGUUACUUUUAGAGAGAAGGGAUGGUUUGCCAUUCCCUUAUAUUUAUUCUCAGUGUAUACAAAUUAUUCUCUAUCUUUUGAAUGUCAUUGACUCUAUGUGAUCCAUUGGCUCUGAACUAUAUCUUUUGAGGAUGGGUGUUGUACUUAUUUCAAAAAGGUCCCAUAGUUAUUAAAGAUAUUUCUAAGAAAUACUAUUUCUGGCUUUGUGGUCGCCCGCUCAUGCCCUCAAGGCUAUGACUAGGCUAAACUGGUAGUUACAAAAUUAGAUUUGAAACUAAUGUCUUCAAACAUGCGUGUAUUCUAGCGUGCUGGGGACAAAGCAUGAUCUGUGACCACCUAGCAUAGUAGAGUGUGACAUGAUUAAAAGGGAUUGUUUUCUUAUGUUCACUUGAGUCCUGUGGAUAAGGGACUGCUAAGUAACAAAGUAGACCCCACCCCACCCCCAAGAUCUCCCUGGAUUGGCAGCAAGUAUAAUUGUCAAUUAUCACUUAAAAGGUGGCAAAUAGAAAGAGGCUACUAAAUUGUACAUUAAGAAUCCCUUGGCAUUGGGGGCAGCUAGGUGGCGCAGUAGAGAGAGCACUGGUCUUGGAUUCAGGAGGACCUGAGUUCAAAUACAGCCUCAGACACUUGACAUUUACUAGCUGUGUGACCCUGGGCAAGUCAC